UGAAGGAGGAAUCCAAAGCCUGUACUGCCUGUAUCUUACAAAGAUUGAUUGUCAUUGUCUGUUUUCCCUGUGUGUGUGUGUGUGUGUACAAGUUUGUUUGGCAAAGAUUGGAGGACAGCCCAUCUCCCAGUUACUGCACACACACACUUUGAGAGAGGGAGAGAGGGACAGACAGAGAGAGAGGGAGCCUUGUUACACUCCUCCUCAGGGAUUUGCUUCUCCCCAGGGGGGCUGAGGGAAAGGACCUGCUGCCCACACUGCUGAAUGAGCGAGACAGGAAGAGAAGAGCGAAUGAAUGGAUAAAUAAACGAGUGAGGAGCAAGAAGUGGGACUCGUUUGACGGGUUUUGUCUCGGCUGGCAUCGAGCAUGCCUCACUGGCAGGUUCUGGCCGUCGGUGCUACCUGCGUACUGAUCUGCUUCCAAGCGGACUUUGUGCCGGCAGAGAAGCCGCUUCUUCAUGCCGCAGCUUUAGGCCAGAGCCAGUCCCAGCUCCAGCCUGCACCGCUCACUCAGACAUGGGGCCGGUCUGCUGCAAGCCGGACAGACUGAAGAAACAACAUCUCCAAGGUGGAACAGGAGAGAAGGACCGGGCACCAAUCAGCCAUGAAUCCUUCCUGCUCAUGGCAAACUCCCAGACAGACAUGGAUGACUGGGUCAAGGCCAUACGGCGGGUCAUCUGGGCGCCGUUUGGAGGAGGGAUAUUUGGCCAGCGUCUAGAGGACACUGUACAGUAUGAGAAGAAGUUUGGCCCCCGACUGGCACCCCUGCUGGUGGAGCAGUGUGUGGACUUCAUCAGGGAGAGGGGUCUGGACGAGGAGGGUCUCUUUAGAAUGCCGGGGCAGGCCAACCUGGUCAAAGAGCUGCAGGAGGCCUUCGACUGUGGUGACAAGCCUCUGUUUGACAGUAACACAGACGUCCACACGGUGGCAUCCUUGCUGAAGUUGUACCUGCGAGAGCUGCCUGAACCAGUCAUUCCCUUCUCCAAAUAUGAAGACUUUCUAACCUGUGCACAGCUUUUGGCCAAAGAUGAGGAGGAGGGGGUCCAGGAGCUUGGAAAUCAAGUUAGCACUCUACCUCUACCUAACUACAAUCUCCUCAAGUACAUAUGCAAAUUCCUUGAUGAGGUCCAGUCUCACUGCAGUGAGAACAAGAUGAGCGUCCAGAACCUUGCCACAGUAUUUGGACCAAAUAUCCUUCGACCCAAGAUGGAGGACCCAGUCACUAUCAUGGAAGGCACCUCUCUGGUCCAGCACUUGAUGACAGUCCUCAUAAGGGAACACAACCGUUUGUACUCAGGGAGGGACCAGGAGGGACUCACCAUACCCCAAACAGAACUCCCUGUCCAGGGGCAUCAGCUACAACAUCGCAGCCUGGGAGCCUGGAUCUCAGAGGAGGACCUUCAGAGCUGCCCAGUCUCAAACCCUGACCAAGAACUGCACAGCAGUGCCUCGUCUCUGGAUGCCAAACUGUGUGCAGCCGUCACACCCACUCAGACCCCGAACCCAAACCCUGGACCAAAACUGGGGUCUUCAUCAGGGAAGGGAGAGACAGUGGUCAGCCCGAGCAAACAAGCCAAGGCCAUGCCUUCCUGGAAGUAUUCAUUCAAAAGUUCCUCUGCGCCACGUUCUCAGCCACAAGCUAAGCAAAGUGGCGGCUCUGUGGCAGAUACAACUAGUGUAUCUUCUGGUGGGGGAGGAAGUGGAGGCGGAGGUAACUGGCUCAUGAAUGGUUUGUCCUCCUUGAGGGGACACCGGCGCACCUCUUCAGGUGAGCGGUCUGCCCGUGACCGCGACUCCACCGGCUCCUCGCAGAGACUGUCUACCUACGACAACGUCACCUCCUCCUCCAGCAUGGGGAGUGUACCAAGUGUAUCCAGCACACCGUGGUCCACCUCCUCCUGCGAGAUCUCCGUUCCUGACUCUGGAAGUGAGCCUUCGCCGAACCAGAACUGUGGAAUGCGGAGUGAAAGUGGGGAAAAGGCAGAGUGGAUGGAGAGCCAGAGGGAGGUUGACAGAGGAAGGGAUGGAGGGAUGAUGACUGACCCGAGCUCUGAGCAGGACAGCUGCGAGGCAAUGGAGCUGUGCAGCAGCAGUGCAGCCUGCAGUGAGAAUGGAAACAUGGCCACGGCAGCUGUUGUGCCGUCUAUUAUCAUGUCUGAGGAUGGAGAUGGGGUAAAUUUAACGCUGAGCAGUCUGGUAGAAGGAUUGAAGGACGAGUUGAGGAAACAGAAGACCACCUACGAGGCAAGGAUACAAAAACUGGAAGAGUCCAGUGCUGCUCUUUGUGCACAGAUGGAGCGUUUGGAACAGGAGAUGGAGCAGGAAAGGAAGAAGCAACGCAUGCUGGAGAUCAAACUACGAAACUCCGAACGGGCAAGAGAGGAUGCAGAGAACCGCAAUCGGCUCCUGGAGAAGGAGAUGGAGGAUUUCUUUUCUACGCUGGGGGAUCUGGCCCUGGGUGCGAGAACUAGCGACAUUUGAUACGCCAAGGCCAUUCAUCUGUCUGUGGCUGAAACUGUGGCUGUCAUCAGGGUUUAUUUUUCGUGGGUUGGGUGUCUUUUAAUGUCCUCCUCAGUGCAUCAGGGCGUUCCUUCAAAAGAAGAACAAAACAAGAUAAUAAAGGAACCGGCCAUACCUGUGCACAUUCAGGACAAACUCAAAGGAAACUGAAAUAUGGAGAUGAUACAGAAAGUUCUGAAGAAAGUAAAUAUCAAACUGAGACUGACUGACUGUGUGGCCACUUUCAGAAUCAUCUCCAUUAAGCACCAGGGAUGUUUUGACUUGCGUAUGCAUGAAACUGAACAUUAAGACAAUAUUCCUGUGGUUACACUAGUUGUAAUGAGUCCAGGGUUUGUCUUGUGAACGGCAGUAUAUUAACAGUUCUGAUGCCCCUAUGUGACUGGUGGAACAUGUAAUUUCUCUGACAUUCUCUGUACUGGAGAGCACUGACUUCUUCAACCACUACUUUACAAGGACACUAAGUGAAUAGAUUUUGUGCUGAAACUGUAAGACCUGUUGGAGACGUAAAUGUUGAAUGCAGACAGCUGACUGAUACUUAUCUUUAUCUGAUAUUUAUCUUGAAAGAAUAGUUAGACAUUUUGGGAAAUGUGCUUUUUUGCCAAGAAUUAGAUGAGAAGUUUGACACCACUCUCAUGUCUGUAUGGCAAAUAUGAAGCUACAGCUAGCAGCCAGUUAGCAUAGCUUAACACAAAGACAGAAAACAUGGGGGGAAAGCUAUUCUGGCUGUGUCCAAAUUUAAAGUAAUCUGCUCACUAACACAAAGUAAUCUGCUUAUGUAAAAAAUACAAGGCUGCAGUUUCACAGGAAGUUUCAGUCUUAAUGCUAACCUAAGCUAGCUGGUUCUAGCUUCAUGUUUAGUGACAUUAGCAUUGUAUCAAUCUUGUUAUCUAACUCUUGCCAAUAAAACAAAAAAUGUAUUCCUAAAUGUCCUCCCAAACAGUUUACCCAAAUUACAACAAAAACAUAUUUUUUCACCAGUGGUAGUUGGCUAGCAAUUAGCUUUCUCUUUGGCUCGACUUGCAGAUACAAAAGAGUUCUGUAAAUUAUCCAGAGUAACAGGUUUACUGUUUCUGAAAAUAGAUGUGGCAAAAUUUCUAACUUUUUAAAUGUUGUUAAUGCUGUAAACGGCAGUAAUUAAUUUAAAUUAUGUCAAUUUUUUUGAUUGGAAUCUCAAAAGAAUAUCUUAAAUCCUAGGCAAAGUAAACCAAAGCUAUUAGCAUGGCAAGACACCAUUAGGGUUUUAGAAAAUAUGGGGACUUUUUUGUAAUUUGGGAAAACUGACUCUUGCAUUUAUCCUCCUGUCCUGUCUUUGUACCACAGACAUUUCUUGCUGUUUAACUGUAGAGUUCAAUUUGUAUAUCAUAACACAAAAGCAGGUUCAGAAAACUAGUUUUUCCAAAUAAUUCCUUUUGGUAACACAGCAAAACUGAAGCAGUAAUAGGUGGGACCUCUACUAUAGCUGCCUCUGAACUCCUCUUUGUCCUCAGGCCCUUCCAGUGCCUCUCUCUUGUCACCAUCUACAUGGUUUCCAUGUCCAUUUGAUGGCAAAGUCUCAGUCUUUGGUUCACUCCGAACCUCACAGAUGUCAAUAUACCUUUAAUGUACAGAUUACAAACAGGGACAAUGAAAACAGUUAUUCAAGCAUUUUCAACUUAGUGCAUGCUGCCUCAUACACAGGACAACGUGGCUCCUUAGGUAAAGACCAUUUACGGUGCACAGUAAAUACCAAAGCUGGACCGCCUCAGCUGUUCGCUCACUAAAGAUCAGAAUGGCCUGCCUGGAAGCCAUGUUGAUUUUGGCACAUGAAGCUGAACACUGCCCUCAAAAAAACAAUGGAAUUUCCUGGUCGUGCCUUCAGGGAAGUGUUUUUAAAUAGGAAAAAUGUAGUGUUGCUUGCUUGUCCAGAGAUGUAGUGCAUAUAUUUGCCCAUAGUACACACGGUGGCUGCAUUGUUGUUUUCUUUUUUUUUUAAUAUGGCAACAAACUGCUGAAGAUAAAUAACUUGAUCUCCCUAGAAGGUGCCAAUUCUUGUGAAAGUGAAUUGUGAAUUGAAUGGAAGUUUUGAAUUAAGAAUGUAUACUUGUAGUGAAUGUAAUGUGUUGUUGAUGAAACCAGCACGAUGAAAAAAAAAUGGAAACGAUUAACAGAGGGGAAAAAUUUUAACUUCUUCCAGUUCUUCAAACCACAUUUCUGACCCCGUCGUCUUAUUCUGACUCCAGCUCUUGGAAAUGCUGAACAGACCCACAUCACGGUAGCUGUGACGUGCUUUAUAGAUCUGGUCCAUUGCAUUAAUUUAUUUAUGUUUCCAAAAUGAAGAGUUGCAGAUGUCUGUUUUGUGCGAAUUGCAUGUGGUUACAUUGCUGAAAAUGUCUUUGUAAGCCUCUUAUCACCAAUCAGAAGAAUGUCCGGAAGUGGUUUAAGUGACACUUAAUUCUGUAAGGACCCUACAGACUGUAUAAUUAUCAGAGAAAAUGUGCUUUCGGUUGGACAAUGUGACUGUAUUUCUUUUCUUUUUACAUUUUAUCAAGAAACAUAAAGCCAAUGGUAUAACACUAUCCUCUUGAAUUGCACAGGUUUACAAGGUAAUUGUCUUUAAAGGCUUUAUGCCUAUUAACUACCACUUCCACAGUCCACAACAUGAUGGUCUAAAUCUAUAGCAGGCUCUUUGAUUCCAACAGAGGCAUUUUUUUCCUCUUCUGUAUGUCUCAUGACUAAGGCUGAAUGUUUCUUAUUUCUCUGCUGAUCAUCUAUGGUGCUUAUUUAUUAUGGAUUUCCACUAUUGUAAUGAAUGGACAUGUAUGGGAAUAAAGGUGACAAAGAUCA